CUAGCACCACUUUUCAACAAUUCAAACGCAGACUAUUAAUUUGCUUCAACAUUCGUCCCCAAUCUAAGUUUAAAUACAGAACAUAAACUCUAAAGAAAUGAAAUGAAUGAAAACAAUAGCUGGUAUGGCAGGAAAGCUAAUGCGCGCGGUGCAGUACGACUCUUAUGGAGGCGGAGCUGCUGGCUUGAAGCAUGUUGAAGUUCCAAUUCCUACUCCGAGCAAGGAUGAGGUCUUGCUAAAGUUGGAAGCUACAAGCUUAAAUCCAGUAGACUUGAGAUUUCAGAAAGGCGUGGCUCGUCCUUUUGUUCCUCGCAAAUUCCCCGUUAUACCUUGUACUGAUGUAGCAGGAGAAGUUGUAGAGGUUGGAUCUAGUGCUGUAAAAUUUAAGGCUGGUGACAAGGUUGUGGCUCUUCUUAAUCCACUUAUAGGAGGCGGACUGGCGGAGUAUGCAGUUGCAAAGGAGAGCUUGACUGUUCCAAGGCCAGAAGAGGUAUCGGCUGCUGAAGGUGCAGGCCUUCCAAUUGCUGCUCUUACAGCACACAAGGCCCUUGUUGAUGUUGCUGGAAUUAAACUAGACGGAAGUGGACCGCGUAUGAACAUUCUUGUCACUGCUGCCUCAGGUGGUGUCGGACAUUAUGCAGUUCAAUUGGCAAAGUUGGGUAAUACUCACGUUACAGGGACAUGUGGAGCUCGUAAUAUUGAAUUCGUAAAGAGCUUAGGAGCAGAUGAGGUUCUUGACUACAAGAUGCCAGAAGGAGCAGCUCUCACGAGUCCAUCAGGGAAAAAAUAUGAUGCAGUAAUUCACUGUGCUAGAGGAAUUCCGUGGUCAAUAUUUGAGCCUAAUUUGAGUGACAACGGUAAAGUCAUUGAUCUGACUCCCGGACCUAGUUCAAUGUGCACAUAUGUAUUGAAGAAACUGACCUUCUCCAAAAAGCAGUUGUUGCCAUUGAUUUUGAUUCCUAAAGAAGAUAAGGAACUGAACUUGCUUGUUAAGUUGGUGAAGGAAGGGAAGUUAAAGACCAUGUUUGACUCUAAGCAUCCUCUAAGCAAGGCUCAAGAUGCUUGGGCCAAGAGCCUUGAUGGACACGCCACGGGGAAAAUCAUUGUGGAGAUAUAAAAAUACUGGUCUAUCACUGAGCGUUGAGAGUAUUAUGGUAUUAUGCCAAUAGAUAAAGAUCGAUUAAUCUCAUCCUAUUCAAGUGACCAGUCAGACUUUAUUGAGAUUGGAAAUCGCCUUAAUGAUUAUUUGUUAUUGCCCUAUCAUUUAUAUGUAUGUGUGUCGUGUAAUUCUUUUUGUACCUUUGCCUUUAGAGUCAAUAGUAUAGCUGUAAGAUUUCAAUAUAAAA